AUGGCCUUCGACUACGGCGAGCGCGACCGCCUCGGGCUCCGGGGGCUCAUGCCGCCGUGCGUGUCGACGCUCGAGGAGCAGUGCAUGAAGACCAUGGUGGACCUCCGCGGCCUGCCGGACGACCUGAGCAAGCACAUGUUCCUCGUCGACCUCCACGACCGCAACGAGACGCUCUUCCACCGCGUCGUCGUCCGCCACGUCGGCGAGCUCGCGCCGUUGAUUUACACGCCGACGGUGGGCCAGGCGUGCCUCGAGUUCGGCAACAUCUUCCGGCGGCCCCGGGGCAUGUACUUCUCGGCGAACGACGUGGGCCACAUGAACGCCAUGGUCCAGAACUGGCCCAUGCGCGACGUGCGGGUGGUGGUGGUCACGGACGGGUCGCGGAUCUUGGGCCUCGGCGACCUCGGCGCGAACGGCAUGGGCAUCCCCAUCGGGAAGCUGGCCCUCUACUGCGCGGCGGGCGGCAUCGCGCCGCACCGCGUGCUGCCCGUCGUCGUCGACGUGGGCACGAACAACGACGCGCUCCGCGACGACCCGUUCUACCUCGGGCUCCGGCAGGCGCGGCUCACGGGCGCGGCCUACGACGACGUCCUCGACGAGUUCGUCGCCGCCGUGCGCCACCGCUGGCCCAAGUGCCUCAUCCAGUUCGAGGACUUCGAGUCGGCCGUCGCGCAGCCGCUCCUCGACCGCUUCCGCGACGACGUGCUCUGCUUCAACGACGACAUCCAGGGCACGGGCGCGACGGUGCUCGCCGGGUCCCUCGCGUGCCUGCGCCAGACGGGCAAGCCGCCCAGCGCGUUGACGGACCAGCGCGUCGUCGUCGCCGGCGCGGGCUCCGCGGGCGUCGGCGUCGCGACGGCGCUGAAGGACGGCAUGGUGUCCAUGGGCCUGUCGGAGGCGGAGGCGGCGUCGAAGUUCUACCUCUUCGACGUCGACGGCCUCGUGGCGAAGGAGGGCAUGGACCCGGCGGCCUACGAUGCGUUGGUCAAGGAGGUCCGGGUCUUCGCGGACUCGUUCGACGCGCCGGGCGUCCGCGGCGACUCGCUCAAGGCGGUCAUCGAGGCCACGAAGCCGACGAUGCUCAUCGGGCUGUCGACGGUCGGCGGCCUCUUCACGGAGGACAUCGUGAAGACGUUCCACGAUGGCGUCAAGCCCGACCGGCCCAUCGUCAUGCCGCUGUCGAACCCGACGGCGUCGGCGGAGUGCUCCGCGGCCGACGCGAUCACGUGGACGGACGGCGCGGCCGUCUUCGCGUCGGGGUCGCCCUUCCCGCCCGUGGAGUACGGCGGCAAGACCUACCAGACGUCCCAGUGCAACAACAUGUUCGUCUUCCCCGGCGUGGGCCUCGGCGCGACCGUCGCCGAGUGCACCGUCGUCAGCGACAACAUGCUCCACGCGGCCGCCGAGGCCUGCGCGAACUCCGUCUCCGACGACGAGAUGGCGCGGGGCCAGGUCUUCCCCGACGUCGCGCGCAUCCGCGACGUGUCCCUCAACGUCGCCGUCGCGGUGAUCGAGUCCGCGCUCAAGGACGGCUACGUCCGCUCGAAGCCCAUCCUCGACGGCGCGGACGUGCGGACCUUCGUCCAGUCGAAGUCCUACUUCCCCGCCUACGUGCCCAUCGUCCAGGCGCCCCUGGGCGACGUCUAA